CGAUGGGUUUUCAGGUCAAACAACCGAUUCUAGGGUUCUUGGACUGAUUCUGAGCGAUCUGAACUUGAGUUUACAGGGACCGAUUCCAUCACCGAUCCCUGUUUUUUAAACACUGGCUAUCUAUUCUUAUUUCCCUCUCCUUUGGAAUUGGAAUUGUGAACGGCGUCGGUUAAAUAUUCGUCCCGCGGAGUUUCCACUUUCCACUGCAGCUUCUCUCCGUCCGUUCUCUGAAACAAAAAAAAUCUGUAAGGAGACGCUCCUCUGGAUCUGGCACUGAAGAGAGUUGGAUUCUAUCCUUCACUGGGGAAGGAAGAUUCUCUGGGUAGUGUUCAACAGGAAACCGUACAAAAGUCAAUGAAAGGUGUAAGCGAGUUAAUUCGUACUACAAGACAAGAAUGCAGAAGUUGGGGAAGGUUCCCUCAAGGUCAAGGUCAAGGAAUUGCGCUGGGUCCAUUAGCACAGGAGUUACUUAAUUUGAUUAAGGAUACCACUGUUAAGAUCAUCCAUUUCAGAAAAUAUCUUCAGAAGCUUCAGUCCACACUCGAAACCCUCAUUCCUCUGAUCGAGAUAGCUGAAAAGAUGAAAGAUCGCCCAAAGACCCAUAUCCAGGAAAUGAGGGUUGUGUUGGAGAAAGGGAAAGAGCUUGUGAUCAAGUGUUCGAAUGUUCGAACAACGAACUACUUUAAAAGGUGGUGGUAUUCGAAGAAAAUCCUCAAUUUGGAACAAGAUUUGCUUCAGUUCUUUCAGAUGAUCGUGCCUGCGGAUACCUUGCGCAUCGUUCUAAUGAUCCUGGCUGAAGCGAAAGAGAGAGAAUCUUCGGAAUCAGGAUUUGCAUGUGUUGUUCCUGUCCCUGACACGACUUUUGGACUGGAUUCGCCUAUGGAGAAAUUGAAGCAUCAGUUGUUGUUUGAAAAGGAUGUGAGGAUUAUUGGGUUGUGUGCUGCUGGUGGUUCUGGGAAGACUACGUUAGCUGCCAAGCUUUGCCGAGAUGAAGAUGUGAAAGGUAUGAAAUUCUGAAACUGCUGAAAGCACUUCUACUUGUUGAAUCCCCAACCAUUUUC